AUGGCUUUCUUGGUCAUUUGUCAUUAUGAACGCCUUCGAGAGGGCAGGCAAGUCGAUGUGGAUGUCGGGGUCUGGCUCAAGGGAUCGCAGGUAGUUGGGUUCAGCAAAAAGACAGAAGCUCCAAGUAUUUCGAAAUGGACAAGGCUGGGAUUCGGCAAGCGAGAAAGAACCUGGUCUGAAACGUCGGAUUUCCGGGAAUCAAGAAAGGGGGCGAUUUCCCAAAGGCCAACCAGAGAGGACAAGGAAUUGAAAAAAAAAUACCGUAUAAUAAAGGAGCUCGGUUUCGGAGUAGCUAUACGAUCGGGCUUGGCAGCAAGUGAAGAUCGCUCGUCUCGGGUAAUAGUUGUUCCAGGAGUGGUCCUUCGACGAGCAGCCAGACAAGAAGAGAAGGAAAGCGGGUACAAAGUCGUAGGUGAGGGGAUCGGGAAUUCCUUUGUUUUCGGAAACAGCAUAAUAAAGAGCCAGCAAGGCAAAGGAGUUUCCCCGUCCGGUUCGGAAGAUUCCUUCGUCAAAGAAAGCUCUGAAGCAGAGUCUCAAGCGAGGGAUGCUGUCUUUCUUGGAUCUGCCAUUUCUUUCCUGAUCUGGUUUUGGAAAAAUACCAGGAAAAGGAGGUCGGGUUUUGCCAUCGGUGGGUUGGCGAGUGGAGUUGUUCUUCCCAGCAAAGCCUCCAAGUCGGUGAAUAUUCCUGACGAUCAAUCACAAGCCUCCAAACUCCAGUUUUCGAUAUAUGAGAUUUUCGGGUUGAUAUUAGGGCAAGGGAUAAUUUCCAGCUCUUAUGGUUAUGUCUUCGACCUCUGUCAUGAUCUUGUCUUGCAGCCGCUUCUCAUUAGCCAGCCGUUGUUGCGUGGUACAAAAGGUCGUGAACUGGGCCAGAAAGGGGAGAAUGCGAUGGUGAAAUGGUUUCCAUUUUGUUACAAGGAAGGCACCUCCGAAAAGCCUGAGGUCAAAUCAUACAUGAGCGGUCAAGAACGCAGGUUUUUGAUAUAUCACUUUUUCGGGUCAUUUUACGAGAAAGGAGAAAACCAGCUCAUAGAUUGA